AAAUACGCACACGCAACACCCAAUAGGCGCUCAAAGAUAACACCACACAUUGACACACACACAGUAGUGUGGAUCAAAAUGCCAUUCGCAGGGAAGCUCUGUCUCAGAUCCAUGGAUUCGAGUCUCAGAACUCUGAUCAUACAUUUCGCAUCUCUUCUGGUUCUUCUUUCAAUCUUUUGGCCAGUAUCAGAAUCCAAUCAGUUUUGUGAAGCUAAAACUGGAUAUGGUGAUUCUGAGUGUGGAGUUCCGUUAUCUCCUUCGAAGAUCUUGAUAAAGGGAGGAACUGUUGUGAAUGCUCAUCAUCAAGAGGUAGCUGAUGUCUAUGUAGAGGAUGGGGUAAUUGUUGCUGUGAAGCCUAAUAUCAAGGUUGGUGAUGAUACUAUUGUGCUCGAUGCCACUGGAAAGUUUGUCAUGCCAGGAGGAAUUGAUCCUCACACCCACCUAGCUAUGGAGUUCAUGGGUACUCAGACAAUUGAUGACUUCUUCAGUGGUCAGGCUGCUGCAUUAGCAGGCGGAACAACAAUGCAUAUUGAUUUUGUUAUACCUGUAAAUGGGAGUUUAUCUGCCGGUUAUGAAGCCUAUACAAAAAAGGCUAGGAAGGCUUGCAUGGAUUACGGUUUCCAUAUGGCAGUCACAAAAUGGGAUGAAAGUGUUUCACAAGAGAUGGAAAUCAUGGUUAAGGAAAAAGGUAUCAACUCUUUUAAGUUUUUCAUGGCCUACAAGGGAGCCCUUAUGAUCAAUGAUGAGCUUCUAUUGGAGGGGUUAAAAAAGUGCAAGUCUAUUGGUGCCUUGGCUAUGGUCCAUGCUGAAAAUGGAGAUGCUGUAUUUGAAGGGCAGAAAAGAAUGAUUGAACUAGGUAUUACUGGUCCAGAGGGACAUGCUCUUUCAAGGCCCCCAGUGCUGGAAGGUGAGGCAACCGCCCGAGCUAUUCGUUUGGCUGGUUUUGUGAACACACCGCUGUAUGUUGUUCAUGUCAUGAGCAUUGAUGCAAUGGAAGAAAUUGCUAAAGCUCGAAAAUCAGGGCAGAGGGUUAUUGGGGAGCCAGUAGUUUCAGGGCUAGUCCUUGAUGAUUCCGGGCUUUGGGAUCCUGACUUCAUCACUGCAGCAAAAUUUGUCAUGAGUCCCCCUAUUAGGGCAUCAGGACAUGGGAAGGCCCUUCAGGGUGCACUCUCAGCAGGAGUCCUACAGCUAGUAGGAACCGAUCACUGUACCUUUAAUUCCACACAGAAAGCUUUUGGAAUUGACGAUUUUCGGAAAAUACCAAAUGGUGUCAAUGGCAUUGAGGAGAGGAUGCAUCUGGUUUGGGAUACAAUGGUGGAAUCGGGUCAAAUAUCUGUUACUGAUUAUGUCCGUUUGACAAGCACUGAGAGUGCCAGGGUCUUCAAUAUAUAUCCAAGGAAAGGAGCAAUACUUGUUGGAUCAGAUGCCGACAUAAUCAUACUCAACCCAAAUUCAAGCUUCGAUAUAAGUGUCAGCUCACACCACUCUAGAUCUGACACAAAUGUCUUUGAGGGAAGGAAAGGGAAGGGAAAGGUUGAAGUAACAAUUGCUGGAGGAAGGAUUGUUUGGAAAAAUGGUGAACUCAAGGUUGCUCCCGGUUCUGGAAAGUACAUAGAAAUGCCACCUUUCAGUUAUCUUUUCAAUGGAAUUGAUAAAGCGGAUGCAAAUUACCUCUCGUCCCUCCAAGCUCCAGUAAAACGAUCCAGUGCCACAACUUGAGUUGCAGGUUUUAUUAAUUAUACUAACAUUUUAUUUUUCUUUGCACUUUCUGUUAUUACAUAGAAUAAAUAAAGACGAUGAUCGUGUUUUAUAUAGUUUCUAGCUUGAAUAAGCAAAAGGAAAUCUAGAUUUCUGUGGAUGUAUCCAACCGUGUAAAGUUGUAUAGAAUUAUGUAAUUCCAGGGUAAUAAAACUUUUAUAUUGCUGAUAUAA